AUGACAGAGCGGUAUAUGCCGAGCAUCUUUCCGGAGUGUGACAAUCUGAAACAGACAUACGACAAGUGUUUCUCAGAUUUCUUCGAAAAAUUUAUCAGUACUGAAACAUCAGCAAUUUCAAACCCCUGUGAAUUGAAAUCAAACUUGAUGGACCCACCUUUGAUGGGAUCGAUGUCAAACGCCUCAGUUUUGCAAGAAACAGCAACCGACACACGUUACAAUCAGUUGGAACAAACUUUGGAAAAUUUCCAGGAGAAUGCACGACAAAUGGGAAUUAUUGCGAGUGAUUUUACAACUCGAAGUCAGGAACCAUUAAAUCAAAAAAUUCAUACUCUUAUAUCUGGCCUUCACGAGUUGGACCAUUUAAAGAACCAAUUUAUGGAUGUUAAAAUACCUCUUGAAUUGCUCGAAUAUCUGGAUCAGGGGAAAAACCCGCAACUCUAUACUAAAGAAUGUUUGGAGCGGACGUUAAAUAAGAAUAAAGAGAUGAACGGCAAAAUUGAGAUGUACAAGAAGUUUCGUGCAAUGCUGCUGAAAGAACUCGGUGAAGAAAUGCCGAAUGAUAUGGUUUUAUACCGAAACUUACGAGACAGAAAAGAUCCUUCUCCCCAGCAUGAAAAUUAUAACGAAGAUGCUAGCGAUUGA